UUGACUCAUUUACUUGGAAGCGGGAGCGAGUUUUUGGAGUGCCCACUGUGAAAUGUGGCAGCAUGAUGCUGCCUGGAUAAUCGGCGAACAGCAGCACCAGCACAGGCGAACGCGACAAGAGGGUUCACAGCCCCCAAGCUGAAAGAGGGCCAACGCCUGAGGCGCGGCCGCAGCAAAAGUCUCAGUGGGUUCUGAUGAAACAUGGGCGUGCUCCAGCUCCACAACCCGGCUCACCCUGACACCCUGCUGCAGCGGGCCAACCAGAUGCGCCUGGCGGGCACCCUUUGUGACGUCAUCAUCACGGUGGACGGCCACGAGUUCCCGGCGCAUCGCACCGUCCUGGCGUGCACCAGCAAGAUGUUUGAGAUCCUAUUCCACCGCAGCAGCCUGCGCUAUGCUCUGGACUUCCUUUCGCCCAAGACUUUCCAACAGAUCCUGGAGUACGCGUACACUGCAUCGCUGCAGGCCACGGCCGAGGACCUGGAUGACCUGCUGUACGCCGCGGAGAUUCUGGAGAUCGAGUUUCUGGAGGAGCAGUGCCUGAAGGUGCUGGAGACUAUCCAGGCCGAGGAGAGUGAGGACACGCUGGUGCGUAACCACAUCGUCGGAGACCACGGCGACCACGGUCGAGCCAGACACUGGCGGCACCUGAUGUCCAAAAACCACUCCAUCCCGGACGGAACGCCGCGCACGAAUGCCGCUGCUUUACACCACCUGACGUUGUACCACAUGACGGAGAGGAGCCCACCAGGGACAGACCCAAACGACCCUCCAGAACUGAGCCCUAAACUGGACAUGAACAUGGACAUUUCCCAGCAGCUGCAGCAGGGCAGUGCUGAGGCCCCGACCCUGGAGCCCAUCGAGGGUAUCAAGUCGGAGAACAUGCAGGUGGGCGAAGCAGACUGUUGCGAGGGCCGCUCGUCCGGAAGCUGUGCAUCUGAACCAAGCCGGGACGAGGGCCCGGGGACCCCGCUGAGAAGCAGCGUGAUCACUAGCACCCGAGAGCUGCACGCCGGCCCCGAGGAGGGCGUGUUGGGGAGCUCUCUGGACUGUUUCCCCGUGAUAGCUGAGAAGCACCUGGCAUCCAUUUACUCUGUCGCCCCCAAUCACGCGGGAGAGGCCAUGACCCAGGUGUCCGUGUCGCUGGGCCCUUCUCUGGGCAUGCCGCUGGAUCCGCGGACCUACGGUGGCCUGUUGCACCAGGGCCUUUUGCACCGGGAGCUCCUGAGCAGGUUGGGCCAGUUUGCGGCGGGAAUGAGGCACGAGGGGUCCGUUCAGGGGCCGCAGUGUUGUGGCGAGUGCGGGCUGCAGCUCCACAACCGGCAGGCCAUGGAACAGCACAGGAGGCUGCAUGACGACGAGAAGGGGCACGGCUGCGAAUUCUGUGGCAAACACUUCCAGGACAGCAUGCGGCUACGCAUGCACAUGCUGUGUCACACAGCUCCCGCCGAGGCGCUGGUGUGCGAUCAGUGCGGAGCCACCUUCUCCUCAGAGGAAGCUCUGGAUGCCCACCGGCUCACACACACAGGGACUGACAUGGCGGUGUUCUGUCUGCUGUGUGCAAAGCGCUUCCAGACCCAGAAGGCCCUGCAGCAGCACAUGGAGGUCCACGCAGGCAUGCACAGCUACAUCUGCAGCCACUGCGAGCGCCCAUUCCCCAGCCACACCACCCUCAAAAGACACUUGCGCUCACACUCGGGCGAUCACCCAUUUGAGUGCGAGUUCUGUGGGAGCUGCUUCCGAGACGAUGGCACCCUGAGGGGACACAAACGCAUCCACACGGGAGAGAAACCUUACGAAUGCAACAGCUGCGGGAAGCGCUUCAGCCUCAAACACCAGCUCGAGACGCACUACCGCGUGCACACAGGUGAGAAGCCAUUCGAGUGUAAGCUGUGUCACCAACGUUCCAGAGACUACUCGGCUAUGAUCAAGCACCUGCGCACGCACAACGGCGCGUCUCCGUACCAGUGCACCAUCUGCCAGGACUUCUGCCCAAGCCUGGCUGCCAUGCAGAAGCACAUGAAAGGCCACAAACCGGAGGAAGUGCCGGCAGACUGGAGGAUAGAAAAGACUUAUCUGUAUGUCUGUUACGUCUGAGCAGGUCUUGGACCCGGGGGCGGGAGAGUGAGAGUGGGGAGUGGGCGCAGACGCACAAUAAUGGUUGAAAAAAAUUCGCUGAGUUAAUAGUGACUCUUGCUGGGUCAAAUAUAAAAAUGCAAAGUUGAGAGUUGUCAUCCCGGGAGAGGUAACAUGCUAGCGCUGAAACAAUAACGCAAUUUAUGAAAAUAUUUGUGCCAUGUCAUGAUGAAAGUCUUCGGUGGCCACACCCCAAAAAUGUGCUAAAACUGUGAAAAAGUUCAAAGACAGAGAAAGUGGACUACAUCAGCCAGCCAGUACCGGCAGGCCGACUUGGUUCAAUUGAGACCCAAAGAGUCUUUAUGAGAGUAUUCCAUUUCCUCAAACAUACCUCACAGAAUUCCACACAAAAGUGGCGAGUGCGGACGCGUUUACACAAGAACAAUCUCGUAAAAAUGGGGGUUUGAGUUUCUUUACAAAGACAUUUUUCAAGAUUUCAAGUCACAGUAAAAGCAAAGACGUCUGUAGACGCAGUCACUGAGAUUAUUAGUAAUUGGUGUAAUGUGUCUGCUUGUCAAAAACCUUGCUGCCAUUUUUGCUCCUGAUAACGCUGCGACUGAUAAUUUAAAAAAAGAAAACUAAAAUAACAAGUCCAACUCCUUUGCUGAAAUACCAUGAAACAUGUUUGUUAAAAUAACUCCAAAUUUGCCACAUGAAAGGUUUUUCUUUUCGCUGUUUUAAAAUUCGAAUAAAAGUGCAGGGAGCUCGCAGCAUGUCUGAAGUUAGAUGAAAACCUAAACAAGUAAGUAGCUAUCUGAAGUUCGACAGAAAAUAAAGUUUAGAAUUCAAUAAAACCAAAGCGUUCAAUUUUCACUUAUUUUAUUUAGAAAAUACAAAAUUGCAAGGGAGUUCCCAGUGUCAGCAGCAUUUCUUAAAAAGUGAGAUUUUCAAGUCGGUUCUCAAAAGUCAAGCCACUUUUCUCUUUGGCCUUCAGAUUUAAAAAAAAAAAAAAAAAGGCAGAUGCUGAUCAUUGUCAAAAUGUCAGCGCCGACAAUUGGUCUAUCCCGACCGAACCUCUAAAGAAUUAAGACUAAGGUUGACGUCUCUUGACUCUUAAUUUGCCAAAUAAGCAAAAGGUACUCUGGGCGGUGUCUGGUUGUUGCAUUAUUAAAAAGUCACCUUUAAUAAGGUAGAAUAAUUAUUGACUGUUACUCAAUUUGAGAGUAAAUAUGUCUUGGUUUGUUGACCUGUCUGAGUUGCUCCCUGGAUUGUGCUGUUAAAAUCUUUGGAGGAGAAAAAAAAAAAAAAAAGAUUCGUUAAUUGGUUGGGGAGCAACCUUCUCCCCAGUCUAUUGUGACUGUGUUUUUCCUUGCGGCUGUUUUUAUGAUUAUUUUCUUAUUUUUUUAGUUCCUGUGCAUGUUGUACUUGAAUGGAUACCAGGUUCUUGGCCUCAUGAUCAUUUUGAUGGUCAAAUAGCGUCAUGGAUGGUCGAAUGGCGUUAUGGGUUCCGAGGUAGCAGGCUUCUAUUUUAUUCAGUGUAAUUGUUUUUUUGCUAUUUAUAUGUUGUUUGUUACCAAAUAUGUGCUGAUUAUCACCACCAGUUUCAGGUAGAGCAAACUCUACUUGCCCACCAUUUCUCCCCGUUUGUUGACAAACAGUGUUACUCCGUCUGUGGCUUUCAUUUCCGAACGAUUACCGUCACACUUUAAAUGGUGAAACAGUGCAGGAAAAAAAACAUGUAAAGCACCUCAACAUGGCUUUGAUGCAUCUUUUUUUUAAUCACUGUCUAUAAUUAGAUAUCUUAUAAAUCACAGAACGGACAAAAAUAGAACAUUAAAAGCAAACUGCUUUUUUGUUAUUUUUAAAGAAAAUCCAGACAAGUGGUGAUUGGUGUUAGUUGUGGUGUAUGUCAUGUACAGGCCGUCCUGCUUUGUUGUUCCCUGUGUGAGCCUAACACGGGCGUUAUAGAGUUAAAACAUGUUGUAUUUUUGUAUCACAGUAAUUUGCUGUCUUGUUUACAUUUAGUAUCAUUUGAGAAGCAUCUUUAUCGUGUGCUUUUUCUAUGUCUCCGAUGGAAAAAAAAAGAAAGAAAAAAGUCCCCUCCUCUCC